GCUUGUUUAGCUAUCCGACUUUCCAGGUAGAAAAUAAAAGAACAAAUCCACCAUGUGGAAGGCCGGGGUUGAUGUUAAGUCAGUCGUAGAUACUGGUGACGAUGAGUGGGAGACUGAUCCUGACUUUGUGAAUGAUGUGUCAGAAGAGGAGCAGAGAUGGGGAGCCAAGACCGUGGAGGGUUCUGGACAUCAAGGAUCUCUGAACUUGAAACAGUUGCGAGAGCAAGUGUCUAUGGAUGACAAAGACUACAAACAGAAAGAAUACGAACGUGGGCCAAAGGCUUCAGAAGGAUAUGGAGGGAAAUUUGGAGUCCAGAAAGACAGAAUGGACAAGUCCGCUGUGGGCCAUGAGCACCACGAGGAGGUGGCUCUACACUCCAGUCAGACAGACGUGAAGAAAGGAUUUGGAGGGAAAUUUGGGGUUCAGAGUGACAGAGUAGAUAAGUCUGCUGUUGGUUUUGAAUACGCUGGCAAGGUUGACAAGCAUGCAUCACAGAAAGAUUACAGCCACGGUUUUGGCGGCAAGUUUGGCGUGCAGAAGGACCGAGUGGACAAGUCGGCCUUGGGAUUUGAGCACAAGGAGGACCUAACCAAACACGAGUCCCAAACAGACUACUCAAAGGGUUUCGGUGGCAAGUAUGGAGUGCAGAAAGAUCGCCAGGAUAAAUCUGCCUUGGGCUUUGAGUACGAGGGAAAAACAGAGAAACAUGCGUCACAGAAAGAUUUCAGCAAGGGCUUUGGUGGCAAGUUUGGGGUACAGACAGAUCGACAAGAUAAGUCUGCCAUGGGAUUUGAUUAUGAAGGAAAGACAGAAAAACACGCUUCACAGAAAGAUUUCAGCCAAGGUUUCGGUGGCAAGUUUGGAGUUCAGACAGAGAACAUGGACAAGUCUGCUGUGGGCUACGAGCAUCAAGAAAAACUGCAGCAACACGAGUCACAGAAAGAUUACUCUAAAGGUUUUGGUGGCAAGUUUGGAGUGCAGAAGGACCACAUGGACAAAUCUGCAGUGGGCUACGGCGCAGACACUAAGACAGAGCUGCACUCGUCACAGACAGACAUGAAGAAAGGCUUCGGCGGCAAGUUUGGCGUGCAGGAAGACAGGAAAGACACGACUGCGGGAUCGUUUGACGAUAUGGAAGAAGUGAAGUCAGGUUAUCAACGGACGAAGGCAGAAGGAGGUUCUGAAGGUGCCCGAAACUUGAAAGCCAGAUUUGAGCAGAUGGCAAAGGGAGGAGAAGAAGAAGCCAGACAGAAAGCUAUGGAGGAACGAAAGAGGAGAGAAGCAAGGGAGAAGAAGGAGAGAGAAGAGCAGGAAAAACAAAGACAGGAAAGGUUAGCUCGCGAGAGGCAGGAAGAGGAAGAAAGGCAGGCCAGUGAACCAGAACCCGUAAGAGAACCGUCACCCGAACCAGUGAGAGAACCAUCCCCCGAACCUGUAAGGGAACCGUCUCCCGAACCUGUAAGGGAACCGUCUCCCGAACCUGUCCGUGAACCAUCCCCCGAACCUGUCAGAGAGCCGUCUCCCGAACCUGAGCGAGUGGAGGAUUAUGGGGAGGAGACAGAAUAUUCAGUGGAGUAUCCGGCACAAUCGCAGGAGGGAGGGGACGGUGACGGCAUCACGGCCAUCGCUCUCUACGACUACCAGGCCACUGACAGCGAUGAGCUUACCUUUGACCCAGAUGAAAUUAUUACAAAUAUUGAGAUGAUUGACGAAGGUUGGUGGCGAGGCUCCUGCCGUGGAGUCACCGGUCUCUUUCCCGCCAACUACGUGGAGCUGCAGCAGUAAUUUCGACGGACGUUCCCCGACCUUGACCUAUCAUGACUCUGCACUUACCAGAAGGUCACCAGC